AAGACUCUAGGCGUGACGUCACUAGAACUCUGUCACAGGGCGUUUGAGACCAAAGGUUGGAUCAUCAACAGGUUGUGUCGACUUCGUUAUUGUAACAUUUUGAGUCUGGGCGUUAACAUUCCCCGACAUUAUUUCUGAAGUAGUCUGGACAUUGAUUUUACUGCUCUUGGGUCUUGUUGCAACGAGAUAUACUAGUACGAUGACGGAUUCGUGGACCGACUGAGUACCCUGUCUUCUCGAACUUAUUCAUGUUUACUAACUAGGUAGACAUUCUUUUCCUGCUGGUCUUCGAUCUGGUUCGACCCACUGUACAUUUGAUUAACUGCAUAUUGUAUGCACAAUGUUGCGAUAUAGAAAGGCGUUCUGUUUUCUGUGUGCAUGUAUCGCCCUAGCUGCCACCGCCCUUCUGAUAACAGCAUUUGUCACCGAGAAUUGGGUUUGGUCGUAUGUCUACCAGGACAAAGAUGACAUCCAACCCGACGACUACGGACAAAACAAAGUUCCGGAUAAUCCUAAUGACCGUGGGACAUACCUCGGGUCUAUAUACUUCGGGCUAUUCAACGGCGUUGUAUAUUUAAACUGGGGUGCUGGACCCAGGAGUUAUGAACAGAGUUCAAAAGACUAUCUUGCAGACACUUACAAUGAGGGCUUAUGGAUAUCUACAAUAGUGUUUUGUGCAUUGGGUAUUAUUAUGGGACUGGUAACGAUAGGAUUUGCUAUUUAUAACACAAUUAAAGUACCAAUCGGCAUGAUUACAGGAAUCUUUGGUCUCUAUAUCUGGAAUGGACUGGCAGCGCUUUUCACCGGAAUAUGCAUGGUGUUGUUCAUCAUAGAAUAUUAUGUGUCACUCAUCGACGGCCUCCUGAAUGACGCUCAUACUGCAGAAUCCUGGGAAACACAGUGGGUUCAUUUUGACUACUCCUUUUGGCUGGUAGUGGCUGCGUUUUGUCUCCUUGUCGUCAACUUUGGUGUUGUGAAGCUGAGCUCUAAAGGAGAGGACCCAGACAUGACGAUCAACAUGAGAAUGACAUCACCACAGACUAAUAAAGGAGAUAUGGGAGUGGUUCUUAUGUAUUAAAUAAUAAUAAUUAUUACUUCAAUUAUUUUUAUAAUUAUCAGU